GAGUAACUCGAAAAAGAAAUGGUGACGUGCAGCAGUGCGAUUGUAGCCAUUAAAAUCGGCUUCAAGUUCUCCUCUCCUUUCGUCCCGCCUUUUUUCUUCCAACCAUCCUCACAAUGCAAUCUUCCCUCUUUUUCUCUCUAUCUCUCUCCUUUUCUCUCUCCUCGCCGGCUGGUCACCGGUUCCAUUCUCCGAUCACUUUCCCGACCACUUCCAUUCCUCCAAUCCCGAUUAACUCUCCGAUCAUUUUUAUUAUUUCCCCUUUUGCUAUAGUACUCAAUAACAAAGUUAACGCAAAAUGUCUCGAAAGAGUGGUUCGUUCUCAACUAGCCCUACUCGCUCAAGGAAUAAGACAACUGGGUUUUCACCUCCUCCUAGACCAUUUCAUCCUAUGCGCCCCACCACCACGGGAGAGCGAACUGUGAAAUCAUUGCGACUUUCAAAGGCAUUGACAGUGCCUGAAACAACAACAGUCUAUGAAGCUUGUCGUCGAAUGGCUGUUCGCAGAGUAGAUGCUCUGUUACUAACUGAUUCUAAUGCUUUGCUCUGUGGAAUCCUCACAGACAAGGAUAUAUUAACAAGAGUUAUUGCGCGUGAAGUUAAUCUUGAAGACACACCUUGUUCCAAGGUUAUGACAAGGAAUCCAGUAUUCGUCCUUACCGACACUCUUGCCGUCGAAGCACUCCAAAAGAUGGUGCAAGGGAAAUUCAGACAUUUACCGGUAGUGGAGAAUGGAGAAGUGGUUGCUAUCCUUGACAUAGCCAAGUGUUUAUAUGAUGCCAUUGCUCGUAUGGAAAGGGCAGCUGAGAAAGGAAAGGCAAUUGCAGCAGCUGUUGAAGGUAUCGACAAACACUGGGGAGCAUCUGCCUCUGGAUCCAAUUCAUCAUUCAUUGAUACUCUUCGGGAGCAAAUAUUUAAGCCAUCAUUGUCUACAAUCAUUCCUGAGAAUUCAAAGGUUGUUACAGUUUCACCAACAGAUACAGUUUUGACAACAACAAAAAAGAUGCUUGAACUUCGUGCAAGUGCUGCUAUUGUGACGGUUGAUGACAAACCUUGUGGUAUCCUUACUUCAAAGGAUAUCUUGAUGCGGGUUAUUGCACAAAAUCUCUCCGCAUCUUCAACUCUUGUUGAGACGGUCAUGACUGCAAAUCCAGAAUGUGCAAUAAUCGAUACACCAAUUGUUGAUGCGCUUCACAUAAUGCAUAAUGGAAAAUUCUUGCAUCUUCCUGUGGUUGAUAGAGAUGGCAUUGUUGUUGCCACGGUUGAUGUGAUUAAUAUCACUCAUGCUGCUGUGGCCACAGCUAGUCAGGUUGGGAAUACUGCUAAUCUAAACAAUGAAACUGCCAACUCCAUGAUACAAAAGUUUUGGGAUUCGGCCAUGGCCUUGACUUCAAAUGAAGAAGAAGAAGAUUCACAAAGCGACAUUUCCUUGAAAAUGAUUUCCGAGGGAGGAGAAACAGGGAGAUCCAUUCCUUAUAAUGCGUCAAGUGUGCAGACCACAUUUUCCUUCAAACUACAAGAUAAGAAGGGUAGAUUACAUAGAUUCACAUGUGAUACUCGGAGCUUGUCAGAGAUUAUAACUUCCAUCAUUCAGAGAGUUGGCGAUGAUAUCGACCCCAAUAACCUGCCCCACAUUUUGUAUGAAGAUGAAGAACACGAUCAAGUUGUAUUGGCUUCAGAUAGUGAUCUCGCUGCAGCUGUCGACCAUGCAAAGACGGCUGGUUUGAAGGGAUUGAGAUUGCACUUAGACUACUCAGGAACACGUGGUUACGGAACAGAAGCAAAUUUAGGUUUGGAAUAUGCUGAGUCAGAAGCAUGGGCCUCGGCCUAUCAUACCGUUGCAGCUGGAGCUGCAAUUGUUGCUGCUUUAGGUCUAUUAGCGUUCUUCAGGCUAAAGCCAUGACAGAGCCAUAAGUUUUUAUUGGGGUAGAGGCCAAUAGUGAAGUCAGUUAGAACUUUCGAGGGGCACACCUUUUACACUUGCCAAUCUGUAAGUUUUGACGUUUUGUACAGCAGCAUGUAUUCAUUCAUACACGAAAAGAAAGAAGUGAAAGCAUUUUUUUAAAAUCUUUGUGUAAGCAGGGAUGUAUUAUCCCUUGCUGCUUGUAUAUUUGUAAUUCAAGGUUUCAUAGCCUCCUAAUCACAAGUGCAAACGAGAUAGCCUGAUAGCCAUAUGUAUCUGUAAUCUGUACAUUUAUUUAUGACAUGUUAAUAAUAAAACGGUGGAUCGGGAUUAAGAACAUCGCUGUUUAUAGGUUUUUUUACCGCUAACUUUGAGCAUUUCUGUUUAUC